AUGCGUACCGCCAACUCCUGCCUGGUAGUUGUGGCUGCGGCCACCGCCGUGUCGGCCGCAUCUCUUAAGGAUGUCAAGCACCUUGUCUUCUUCAUGCAGGAAAACAGAGCGUUUGACCAUUAUUUCGGCACAAUGGCCGGUGUACGCGGUUUCGCCGAUCCCAAUGUGCCAAUCACAGAAAAUGGCUACACGACCUUCCAGCAGCCCGUCAAUCCGCCCGUGAACGGCAGCUCCAUCCUACAGCCUUGGUAUAUAAACUAUGCUGGUGGCAUAUACCCCGAUGCAACGAUGUGCAUGGAUGCCGGUAGCAAUGGCUGGGUUGCCAUGCACGAGGCCUGGUCUAAUGGCGCUUACAACAACUGGGCCAAUGCCGAUUCCCUAUAUAGCAUGGCUUACUUUACUCGCAAGGAAAUACCCACCCAUUUCGACAUCAUGGACAGCUUUACUAUCCUGGACAUGAGCCACCAGAGCAUCCUGGGACCGACUGACCCGAACCGUUGUAUGUGGCUGACCGGCUCAGUCAACUCGCCUGGGUCGCCGUCGAACCCGAACAGCGACGGUGGAGCCAUGCUGGACAACACUGCCACGCCAGGCUGUGAUAUUACAUCCCCAGUCAAGGCCAACUGCUUCCCCUUCACGUGGAAGACAUUCCCCGAGUAUCUCCAGGACGCCGGUGUCUCGUGGCAAUUGUACCAAGACGAGGACAACUUCGAGGACAAUCCACUUGCAUACUUUGAGCAGUACCAGAAGGCAGCAAAUGGCUCUGCACUUCGGGAGAAAGGAGACUCAUACCUCGGUCUGCAGGCGUUCUACAAGGCGGCUGCUGAGGGCACUCUGCCGUCGAUCAGCUACAUUGUUGGUCCUCAAGAGUUGUCCGAGCACCCUCCUAACCGUCCCGUGGAUGGUGGCUGGCUCCAGCAGCAGGUUGUAAAUGCCGUGGUAGACAGCCCUCUCUACAACGAGACCGUUUUAGUCAUCAGCUACGAUGAGCAGGGAGGCUGGUUCGACCAUGUGCCGCCUGUCGUUGCCCCGAAAGGAACUCCUGGUGAAUGGCUUAUUGACCCGUACUCGUCCUCUGACCACGAUAACUACACUGCUCUCGGUCCCGGUCCCCGUGUUCCGCGUGUCAUCGUGUCGCCGUAUACCGCUGGUGGUAACGUCUUCACUGAGUUAACCGACCACACCUCCGAGAUUAUGUUUGCCGAGGCGUGGGCAGCUGCUCAUGGCUACAAGGGUGUUUACAGCCAGGAGAUCACACCGUGGCGUCGCGCCACCAUGUCCAACCUGGUGAACGCCUUUGAUUUCGAGAACCCCAACUUCGCCAAUCCCUCUAUUAAUCAGGCCACCAAGCCACCCAUGCUCCCCAACGAGCCCUCUGACUAUAGUGGAGAUAUUGCUGAGCUUGGAUCUCUAACUGGACCUUGGGCCCAGCCAUCGCUGUGCUUGUCUGAGUACCCCGACAAUCAGCCAGCCGUUCCUUUCGGGUCGGCAAACGCCAACCAGAACAUGAGCCUCCUUGUCGAGGAGGGCUUCAAGCAGGUUCGCGGUCAGCUGUCUGAGGGUCGCUACUUGGUUUUCGAGAUCUCCGGGUUUGCCCUGACAAAUGUCCGUGGCAAGAUCGUCGACCUGUCGCCCGCCACUGCCGCUCACGAGGACAUCCGCCAGCGCUGGGUCAUCCACGCUGCUGAUGACGCUCCUAUUCCCACCAGUUUCUACAUCCAGUCUGCGCUGGACAAGACCUACCUCGGUGCCGACCCACUGGGCUCGCUUGUCAAGAAUGUCAAGGACGCACAGGCCUUCACCUUCGAGUACCAGCCCAAUGGUGCCACCUAUACCGUACAGCUUAGUGGCCAAAGCAACAGAUGGGUCAGUUUCCUCGAGGUCAAUUCGUCCCUCGCCUGGAAGGAUGCCGGUGCUGGCAAUUUCAAAAUUUUCAGUGUUGCCUAUCACUAA